GUGCUCGGCAUCGGCAAGGACGUCCCCUCCUCCAUCUUCGGCGUCACCUCCGGCCUCGCCUUUGCGAUUGGCGUGUACUGUGUGGCGCAGUCGAACCUCGUCAACAUCCUCUCCGGCUCCACCGUCAACGGCUUCUACGUCGCCGGCGCGCCUCCGUUUCUCCUGCUCUUCUUCCGCUCGUGCGCCCUCCUCGUCCCCUACUCGUGGGGCCUGCACGUCGCCGCCUGGAUCCAGAAGCAGAAUGGCAAGUGAGCGCAAUCGUCGCGCGCGCAAGGAGAGUGGCAGGGGACCAAGGCGGCUGCGAGCCGGAGCGGCGAGAGGGCGGAGGGCGGCGUGCGGGCCGCGCUGCGCUGACGCGGCGCGUCCGGGUUCGCCGCCAGGACGCCGGCCGGGCUCCCACACGCGUGUUUCUGUGCACCAGUCUGUGGCCCGGAGGGAGAUGCGCGCCCGACGCGACACUUUGGGGGACCGUUUUUGCACACACUGUGCGGCGGCGUUCCUACCUCGUGCGCCGCCCGCGUGUUUGUUAGGCUGCCAUACUCGCAUACAACGUUUAGCUGCAGUAGCAAAAAA